AUGUCUGCCUUCGCUUCCCUACAAGACAAUGAUGCAACUGAAGAUGUGAUCAAAUAUGAACAAAACUCGCUGGACGAUGAUACAGAGGAGGGAUUCCGGUCACUGGCGCAGCCUCAAGCUCAACAGGUGGUGCCUCCUUGGGAAGCCAUUGAACUUGCAACCGUCGACUUGGCAGUGUACAACCUGAAUUUCUCUCCCAAUCAACAAAACUUUGCCAUGGAGGGCAAAACCUCAUACGUGGGUUUGCUGGGGCCAGAUCAUAUCAUUGUGUGUGGCCAGUUCAAACUUACUGUACUUCUAGGUACACUUCUCAUCAAUGAUUGCCAUCAACUCAAAAGCAGUGAAAUUGCCCUCCCCAUAACAGUCACUCAUGCUCAAGGGCUCUUACUAUUUGGUUCGGUGCCGUCUGAAUCGACCUCCUCCUCGCCUAAUCUACCAGUUCAAGGGGAAACAAUCAUCAAAUUGGAACAGAAUUUCACUGGUUUGGAGAAAAUCAGUACUUACGCUCCAUUGUACAAACGUCUCCUUCCUCCGUCAGCAGACUUAUUGGAAUCAGAUGCGUUUCAAGCAAGGUUCUACCUGCUAUCAUAUGAGAUCAUUAGCGGGCAUCUGCCGACACCCGCUGUGAGUAUCAGCGGCGACCAGUUGAAGGCGCUUGAUGCGGUCACACUGUUUGUGGGUAAACCCAAAAAAGCUUCAGUGGUGUGUAUCGUUGGGGGGAAAAACAGCGGUAAGCUGACGUUUGCGAAGGCUUUAUCAAACCAAGUGUUGCUUCAAUAUUCACGAGAAGUGUGUUAUCUUGAGACAGAUCCAGGACAAUCUGAAGGUAUUCCCCCUUAUUGUUUAGGGCUUUUGCAUGUAUCGCAACCAUUGCUAGGGAUGUUGGAGGAAAGAGUUACCGACACCACUGCUUACUUUGGCUACUCGUCUCCGGCUCAUCACCCAAAACUAUAUUUACAGAUCAUUCGUCAGCUUCUAGAUUAUUACCAGAAACAUCAUGCCACUCAGCGUCAUCCUUUGAUUAUCAAUACCCCUGGCUGGAUCAAAGGCUUCGGUAAAGAAUUGUUACGGCAGAUUUGUGAUAUGAUUUCCAUUGACCACUUGGUGAUCAUGGGUCAAGAUGACGAAGAAAAUUUAGCUGAGACUUUAACCCACAACAUGCACCACUUUGUCCCUUGUCUCAGUCAUCAGCCCACAUUCUCGGCUCCUCAUAUCCGCACACUUGCUAAAUUGUGCUACUUUCAUCGUCAUGGUCAUCGCUAUGACUUCGAUCACCAUUUGCUCGAUAACGCCCCCUACAAAGUAAGUUACGGUGUGGAGGGAGGCAUCAGAGCGAUGUCUGUGCUCAACUACGACUGUCCAGCGAAUUUCCAAUUACAAGACUUGGUGGCGAUGGUUGAGGUGACGAUCAUGGCAGUGUAUGUGGUUGAUCCCAGUAUCUACGAGCGAAUUCCUGUGGAAAGUGGAGAUGAAGUACCCAACUACAUCCAGGGAAGUACCUGGCUCGAGCUCGAGCCCAAGACAACAUUGCUAGGGCUCGCCAUGAUUCACAGCAUCGACACCAAUCGCAAGACUAUCAAUUUGUAUCUCGGUCCCGAAGUGAUCGAGCGAGUAGAUGAAGGGGCUAUAGUUUUAGUGAAGGGUGAAGGCGAGAUUCCGCCAUGUGAGCUUUUGAACCCCGGCAUGCUCAGCAGUCACAAACGACACUUGGACGUUUAUAACGAUCAUAAAAAAUCGGGCGCCGCCACCGAUUUGGUCAAGCCUGUGAUUCCCUAUGUGUCUCUGGAUGAUAAAGAGCGAGUCGGAGGGGUAUGGCGAGUGCGCCGGAACAUUGGCCGGAAAGGCCGGUAG